GAAAACCUGACUCGGAGUAAAUAUAAUGGACCUUUGUUUUGGUCUUUAAUUUUCAUGACCCGAGAAUUUAAGGGCUAAUUAAUGGGUUUAGCCAGACCCUUAAGGAAGACCCCACCCGCACUUUACGUAUGAAUCACUUUGCCCGAAUUUCGGCGGUAAGGACGUGGUCACGCAUUAUACGACAAAGACCUUAUAUGUAAAGAAGCCUGAAGCAACUAUAACUCCACUCUCCAGGUAUUUUACAACAGUUCUGACGCCCUUCAUCUCUCCCCACCUUUUUAAUAUCUGUAGGAUUCACAAAAUUCUUGUGCCUUUUUGCCUCAAGAUUCUUUCUUUUUAUAUAUCACGGAGUAUAUUAUACGUGAAGGAAACGAAGUGAACCCAUGGCCACGGAAGGGGGUUCUCCAGUAAGACUUGAGGGGAAGUUUACGGCAAUGCUAGUGUGUUGGCUUCUGGGAAAUGGGUGCCUCUUUUCUUGGAACAGUAUGCUAACAAUAGGAGAUUAUUAUGGCUACUUGUUUCCGAACUACCACCCUUCAAGGAUCCUCACCCUUUGCUAUCAACCGUUUGCACUUGGGACAAUUGGAAUACUCGCAUACAACGAGGCAAAAAUAAAUACAAGAAAACGCAAUCUCUUUGGAUAUUCUCUUUUCUUCAUUAGUACUCUUCUAGUUCUUGUUUUGGAUUUGGCCACAUCCGGUAAGGGAGGAAUUGGAACGUACAUCGGAAUAUGCGCAAUUAGUGGUGCUUUUGGUGUUGCAGACGGUCAUGUCCAGGGUGGAAUGGUUGGAGAUCUUUCAUUCAUGUUACCUGAGUUUGUUCAGUCUUUUUUAGCUGGUUCAGCUGCUUCAGGCGCUUUAACAUCCGGGUUGAGGUUAAUCACCAGAGCAAUAUUUGACAAUUCUAAAGAUGGUCUUCGUAAAGGAGCCAUUCUGUUUUUUGCAAUCUGUACAAUCUUUGAGUUUCUCUGCAUCCUUCUCUAUGCACUUGUCUUCCCAAAGAUACCGAUUGUAAAAUAUUAUCGCAACAAAGCAUCUUCAGAGGGUGCAAAGACUGUUGCUUCCGAUCUUGCUGCUGGUGGCAUUAUAACAGAGGCACAGAAUAAUCCUACCUCAGAGAUGGAUAGACUAAGCAACAAAGAGUUAUUAAUGCAGAACAUAGAUUAUGCAAUAGAGAUCUUCAUGAUAUAUGCAUUGACAUUGUCCAUCUUUCCUGGAUUUCUAUCGGAGGAUACCGGGGCCCACAGCCUGGGUUCAUGGUAUGCACUUGUGCUGAUAGCUAUGUAUAAUGUGUGGGAUCUCAUCGGGAGGUACGUCCCGCUAUUAAAAUUUAUAAAGCUCGAAUCAAGGAAGGGGCUUAUGGUCGCAAUCCUCUCACGCUACUUGCUCAUCCCGGCCUUCUAUUUUACGGCAAAAUAUGGUGAUCAGGGAUGGAUGAUUCUGUUGACCUCCUUCUUGGGGCUGACCAAUGGGUACCUAACUGUCUGCGUCUUUACUUCUGCUCCCAAAGGCUACAAGGGCCCGGAGCAAAACGCGUUGGGGAAUAUACUAGUGUCGUUUCUUCUAGGAGGUAUAUUUGCCGGUGUUACGCUCGACUGGUUGUGGCUCAUUGGUAAAGGUUGGUAAAGAGAGAACAUUGUUGGUUUUUCUUAGAGGCAGAUAGUAAGCAUUAUGGAUUCUUAUGAGCAGUUUUUGUUAGAAUUGAGAACAUCAAAUUGCUUUACUGUAAAUGUUUCAUAUUAUAAUUUUCUUGUGACCAAAGCUAGAUCAAUGACAUGCAGUUCAGAUGAGUGUGGUUUGGUCAAUGGUUUAAUUUUCGAUCAACUGGGAACGGACAUAUAUGCAGUGUUUUAGAACCCAGAGCGGUACUAUAUAUUGCCCAGUUUGACGGGAACUUCUGUUUAACCCGAAACGGUCCAUCAACCGGUGUAUAACCAGUUUCACACAAGUACACAACUGAUGUUAUGGUGUAAGUGGCGAAUAUGGCCUUGUGACUAUUUUUUCUUAAGAAAAUCAGUCCCAAUUCAAAUAGUUGAAGGCGUGGGAUUCAGCACAAAACCUCCAUUCACUUUCAUGUGCUCAACCAAACAACUACCAACUCUUACAACACGCGUGAACAAUAAUUUUUUAUUGUGCCAAUAACAGUGUGAUGUAUCUCAUGUGUAAAGAAAUAUAACUCACGUUGAUAAGAAAUAUAACUGCAGGUAAGUCGAAGUGUAACUUGUUUAAUACGGCAUAUAAGAAAUAAAAC